AUGGAAACAAGGAAUGGGGUACCGAAGAACAGCAUCCCGUGUUACGACGGCGGCUUCUUUACCUCAAGAACAGAGCUCACGCUUAAAAAUAUUAGCAGAGAUAAGAAAGUCGCUUACUCGUUCAAAGGUCGAGGGAAUGAAACUGGGAUUACCCUCAAAGGCCAGAAAAAGGGCUUCAUGAUGCCUGGAGAACAUCAAAGUCUUCAAGUUGUUAUGCAAAACAAACCUCAGGGAUCUAAUAACCUAUGCAUUUUCUGGGAAGUUCAUGAAUUUGAAUCCACUAUCCAGUUUGAGAAUUGUUUACAAAAAAAGUGCGAAAGUUUCUUCAACCGCGUUCGAAUAGUGCCACCAGAAAAACCCAGUCAAGCCAUCGAAGAGAUGGACAGCUCAAUUGCCUCUCUAAAUAGUUCAUUCACAACAAUUUCUUCGCAGCGAGAAGUGGACCUGCGCGAUCUCAGCGCCCGCUUUGAUCAGAUGCAGCGCCAGAUACGACUGGUGAUCAUUUUCUCUGUUAUCCUUCUUGUCUUGGCGCUGUAUCUGGCCUUCGAAAUCCAAAGGCUCAACUAA